ACUAAGCUCUAACAUAAACAAAGGCAGGACGCUACUCGGCAAUAAAUUCUGCGCUGCUGGUACUCUAUAUGCUAACAUUACCGAAAAAUUGGAAAACGCUUUACUUCUGCAACCAUGGAAAACACGUUACUGAUGCGAGUGAGUGUAUUUACCGACCAAGGAGGCAGAAAAUACAUGGAAGAUGUGACCGAGGUCAUAGUAGAGCCCGAGCCGGGGGAAGAUGAGCCGACCUCGGGUGAGCCAGAAGAGAGCAGAAGGGGAGACUGUACGCUCAGUUCUGUAGCUGCGAGCACGCAUCUAGACCGGGCUGGUGAGACCGUUGUGUCCCCACAGGUUUCACAUGCAUCGCGUGAACCUGUGCGAAGGGAUGACCAAAGUAUAUUAGUGAAAACAUCUUUACCGGGAGGUCAGAGCCCGCUACGAGCUCAGCCAAGCACCGCGAGUCCUUCCCGCCGUUCCGUUGCGUUCUUCGCUGUGUUUGACGGGCACGGGGGUCGCGAGGCUGCGCAGUUUGCCAGAGACUAUUUGUGGGAGUUCAUGAAGAAGCAGCGGGGAUUCUGGUCAGAUUGUGAUCGGGAGGUCUGCUCUGCUAUACGCAAAGGAUUUGUAGCCUGCCACCAUGCUAUGUGGAAAAAGCUACCCGAAUGGCCAAAGACACUCACAGGCCUACCUAGCACAUCAGGCACCACAGCCAGCAUAGUAGUCAUCCGAGGAAACCGCAUGUAUGUGGCCCAUGUUGGGGACUCAGCAGUGGUAUUAGGGGUCCAGGAUGAUCCCUCAGUCCCGUUCAUCAGAGCUGUGGAAGUCACACAAGACCACAAACCUGAAUUACCCAGAGAGAGGGAGCGUAUUGAAGGUCUGGGAGGGAGUGUUAUCAAGAAAUCCGGAGUGAACCGGGUUGUCUGGAAGAGGCCGAGGCUGAGUCACAAUGGCCCAGUCCGUCGCAGCACUGUCAUUGACCAGAUACCAUUCUUGGCGGUAGCGCGAGCCCUAGGUGAUCUGUGGAGCUAUGACUUCUACAGCGGGAAGUUUGUAGUUUCUCCAGAGCCAGACACUAGUGUGGUGACCCUUGACCCCAGAAAACACCGCUACAUCAUCCUGGGCAGCGAUGGUUUGUGGAACAUGGUACCACCUCAAGAGGCUAUCUCCAUGUGUCAAAACAAUGAUGAGGCAAUGGCACCAUGUGGGGUAUCGAGUGCCCGGCAGCUUGUCAGCCAUGCUCUGCUGCGGUGGCGCCAGCGCAUGUUACGUGCAGACAACACCAGUGCCAUUGUCAUUGCCCUGCACGAGCCUGGGACCUCCCAGGACACGCUGCACCAUGAGGAGGUGCUGCUGGACCUAGCCAAGGUGUCCCAGUGUCCUCCCACCUCCAUAUCCCGUGCUGACACGCCUCUCCUUCAGCGGCCUCUGGAGGAAGACACUCCCUCUGCCAUAUGUGAGCUCCUCCCUGCGUUGGAGCGACGGGAUGGACUAUCAGGAAGCAACAGUCUGUACCACAUGAAUCUGUCUGACCCGUUCACUCUGACUCUACUGUGUCCAAACAGUAGUGCUGAGUUGCCCAGUCAGUCCAGUCCCACACAUUGUGUGGCAGUUGGCAGCAGGACAGCCAACAGCAAAAGAAUUAUUGACAGAUCAUCAUCACCUUCAUCAGGCCAGUCGACUAAGAAGGCUAGACUCAGGACUGCCGACAGGCAGCCACUGGCCCAGCACAAUGCAGAGGAAAAACAGAAGGAGUCCAAUAACGUCUCCCCCAUUCUCCCGCAGCAUAACAAGACCACAGUGUGUGUGUGCUGAAACACACACACAGACAUUAUCAACCUGCUGCCUCCCACUGUCAGCCUUGUCUCCAGUGGUGUUUCUGUUCCUUACGUUUGCAGUUGUCCUGCACUUUCUCACAGUUUAAACCAGCCUUGCUGUAGGGACUAUGGAAAAGACUUGUCGUCUUGUUCAGCACUAGUACAAUACUCAUUUAAAGUUUAUGGAGUGCUCACUUUUACAUAACAUUUUGUGUCUUUGUUUUAAAAUUCUUUCCUAAAAUGCUGAUUAAAUGUGUCUUACGCCACCUUUUUCUGGUAACAGUUGUAUGAAAUAAGUAUGAUUAAUGAUCCUUGUGUAAAUAUUAUGUGUUUUGUAGUUGAGUAUUGAGUCAAACCUUUCAUUUAAAACAAAUAGAUAUUUUUUUAUACAUUCUUUUAUUGUUUGAUGUUAAAACAUGAACUUAAGCAGAGUUCCACCACAGUUUUCAUAUUGUUUUUACUCUCACCAUAUAUCAUUGUGUGCACACUCUGUGUUUAACCCUAUUUAUGUAUUUUUAUUCUCAUUAUUUUAUUUGAUCACUGGAGAUUUGUCUUGAAUAUAAACUGAAGGUGCUGCUACAGUCACGAACCAGUAAGCUACUACAUUGUGUAUAUUGAUAUAUAAAUAUAUGUGAUAAGUGUUUGCAGCAUUUUUUUUUCUUUGCGUAUGCAUUUGAAACAACCCAUUGGCCCCUGUGAGGUUUCAAAUAAUAGAAACAUUUAAGUUUCAAUUGCACAAUGCAUCUUAAGGAAUAGAUCCCCUCUUAAUCAUAUUGUAUAAUUGUAAUUUGUAAUGAAACCUUAUGGUGGAGGGUUUUUUUUUUUUUUUUGGUGUCUUCACUUCCCCUGAGCCAGCUCCACCCAUUCAUACAUCAGGUAGUUAUUUUCUGUGUGUCCUGAAAAGUUGGUAUGUCUGUCUCUAAAAUGAUGGAUUUCUCCCUGUGUUUGUUACCUCCAGGUGGCUCUUAAACAAAGACUUCCUUUGGUUCUGGGGGAUCUACAAAAAAUCUGAGGUUUACAAUCAAUGUUCAUGAUUAUUUUGUGUUGCCGGACUUCGACUGUGGCUGCACUUGAUGUAUAAGUGAAUUUCAUGUUGUCUAUGUUUGACCACACGUCUGUGACAAUAAGAAAAAUGCUUAAUCUCAGGCAUGUUGCUCCCAAUAGAUGGCAUUGUCUCGCAUCACCAGUCUAUCCUACCACCUUGUUUUAUCUGUUUUGCUACAAGGCAAUAGCAGUUUUUUCUGUUUUGUUGAGGUUGACUUAGAGGUUCCUUUAGCAUUUUCCUUGUACAAGCCAUUGUCCCUCCAUGUUGCAGCUUCAGUUGUAUGGUUACUAAUGUAUGCACAAGGUUCAUUGGUGAGUAAAUACACAAUGCAUGGACUUAGGAGAAUAUUUUGCACUAUUAUGGUGACCUUAAUUUUGUUUAAGAAAAAUAUUAUUUUUAAUUUGAAAAUGAUUCAGCUAGGAAAGGAUGACAUCAUUGGAGUCUAAAAUGAAAACCGCAAAUAUAGGAUAUUUGAAGUAAAAUAAUCAAACUAUUUUAAUUUCAAUUAUGUAGAAGGGAAUCCUCAUUAAUGUGAGUAGAGUUUGCAGAACAUGGCUGUUAACCCUUUUGUUACUGACAAAUGAUUCAGAUGAGAAAUAUUCAUGAGAGAAUAAUGAUCAUUACAAAUAAGAAACAUUUCAGUCUUUGUAAAACCUUGUUACAUGAUGAUGACAUUUUAUUGAGCUAAGUGCAAUUUCUAACAGGAAUUUGUAGCAUCAUGGAUUGGUUCAAAACUAUUGUACAUAGUGAUAAUGUUGAUGUUUGACUCGUUCCCUCUGCAAAUACAGUCUGUUACUUUGCUCGGGAUUCCCAUACGCGUUUUCUAUACUUUUUUGGAGAUUUCUCAGAAGUCUUGGUAUACUCAUUUACUCUGCUGAAUAAUUACAUCCUUGAUUCAGAUAGCUGUGCUAACAGCAUAAAGUCCAUGUGUACAGUGUAAAUGUGAAAAACACUUAUCUGGAAAUGAACCUAUUUAAAUAAAAAACUCUCUUAAGUAAAGUCA